AUGGGAGGGUUAUCUGCUGCUUGUCCAGAUGACAUACAAGUGCACUUCGGUGACUCUCCCGGUCUAGAUAGUUGUCGCGACGGUGUCCUCGACUGGCAGGGCCCGCCAGCAGAAGAAAUGAUGACUACCCAUAUUGUCGACUCUAAUCUGGUACUCCCUUCUUUCGACAGUCAAUGGACCUGGGACACUUUCAUACCCCAUGUUCUGCCGGAGACCAGACAUACAAGCUUUCGAGAUGAAGGGGCUUUCUUCGACCACUGGCAGCCAUCCUCGUGCAACAUGCAUCUGGAGAGCCAGCAGGCCACAGCCCCCCUCACGUCUCCAACAUGGACCUAA